GAGCGAACCUUCCUAGAUGUCGCCAUCAUGGAAGUCCUACCAGAACUUCCAGCAGUACACAAAAACAUCCUGGAAGAGCACUUGCAAUCCAUUGGAGUCGAGACGUAUGAUGAUCUACGCUUUGUAACAGAGGCUGAUUUGAUGACCGCAUUAAGACCUGUACAAGCCAGAAAGCUUCUUUCUGUUUGGAAACAGAAAUACCAAACUCCAGAGAACAGCUCACUAUCGUCUGUGGAAACCUCAGCUACCCAAUCGCUCUCAUCGCUCUCUGUUUCACCCCGAAGUUCAUCAUCAACCUCCUCCAGCAGCCCAGGACUUGACACACAGUGGGACGACAACUUUGAAAUUCCAUGGAGUAAAUUUCCUGAGGAAGUGAUGCAUUCUUUGGAGAGGGGAAAAAGGCCAGGCCCAAAACUAAGGAGGGAAAUGGUCCGGAUUGUUGUGACUGAGAUGAUGGAAAAAUGCCCUCAUGUAGGUAAAAAGCAUUCAACUGAUGUUGCAAAAAAAAAUGGUGGCAAAAUACCCCAAUUCUCUGCAAGAUGUAAUAGAGGGUGAUAUUGUUGGAACAGGCUACUAUUCCCUUGUCAAACAGUUGCAUAACAGAAUUGAAAAUGUGAGACGCACUUCAACACCCAAAAUAAGAAAAAGAAAACAUCAGACUGAUGUCUCAGACCACACAGAUGAGAUCCCAUUAGAAGAGAGAGCAGCAAUGCAGGACACUUAUGGAUGCAUUAAAUGGAAUGUAAAAUGUCUGCCCCUUGAAGAAACUCAAGAGAGCCAGCAGCAAAAGAUGGGAAAACUCAAGGUGAUGUUCCAACACUCUGAUGCUAAUCCAGAGGAGGUCAAAUGUCUAAUGAAGUCCACUUUCUACACACAGCGUCAACAUGUCAACCAGGGCAAAAGUAUCAAAUGCCUUAGAGAGGAGUGGCCGUUUUGGUUUCAUGAUCUUGGCAUGUCCGUACACUUCAAGGAACUCACUGGGAUUGACCUCAAAGAGACAUUCACACGAAAUUUGGAUUUGAAGGGAAAAAGGCUUCUCGACUACAUGACCACAGUUUGUGUCAACAAGAGCAAGAAGUUCCUUCAGAAUUAUGCAAGGCUUCAGAGGAUGCGAGGACCGCAGAGUGGCUGCUCAGAUGAUGUGAUAGAGAUGCUCCUGCUUCUGCUCAGCUACUUUGAUGAGAAGGAGGAGUCCAUGUUCUUCCAUGUAGAAGAUACAUGUCUGGCAGAAGAGGUCCAACUGGAGCAAGUGCCUCUGACACCCACUGUUAUUGUCUGUGGACAGUCCUGCUAUUCCUCAACAAGGUACAUGCUGAGUCUGGAUCGGAACCUUACCAACACAAACAUCUCCUCCUUCAUUUCUGCAUUGUGCCUUAUGUUCGGGAGCUACUACUGUUUCAACAUCCAUUAUCCAUCUGAGCUGGCUUCAACUUCUUCAAAGGUGUUUUUUCUCGAUAAACCCAGAAAAAGGAACCAAAGUAGAGAAUAAAAACUCCAAGCGUCGUCUCAACGUGAACCCUCGAGUCCUCACCCUGAUACAGGAACUCUCCGAUCACGAGUGGCGUUAAGCCUAAAUAUGGACUCUUUCUGUGGACUCUGACUGUUUGUUUGAGAAGAGGUACUGUUAGUUUUCACUCUGUUAAAUCCACAAUGUGUGUUAUAGUAAUUAAGGCACAAUAUGUAAUUUUUGCAAUUUUUGUAAUUUCAUCGCAUAAAAUUGCAUAAAUAACCUGCAUAUUCCAUCGAAUUUAAGAAAACGUGCCGCAUAAUAAAGGAUUUUUGCCCUCAACAAUCAAAAUAUUUUUGUUUUUCUGGAAGGACUGUAAAGUUUAUAACCGAAAAAUGUCCAGAUUUAAAGAGGGUAAUCUCAAUUUGGUAUUUCAGUCAUAAUUAAAAGAACAAUUACAUUUAACUUCUUUGUUUCUUGUAUACGUUGACGAAAAAAAUGCAUCCAGUUGUCCAACUAUUGACGAUUGCUGUUAAAUAAAUGUUCCCAAAAGUGA